CCUCCCUUCAGCAUCUUCCUCCACGCCGCCUUUUCCCGUGGAGCGUCACUAGGCAGCCCGAGACGCGGCGGGCGGGACACGUCGCCGCCGCUCCUCCUCGCUGUCCCUAACAGGGGACAUCUUCCAAGCAGGCUGUAGGCUGUUUGCCCCCGUCAGUGAUGCCGCUUCUGGAAAGAAACACCACCGGCGACCCAAAAGGGUUACCCAAGGUCCCCGUGCCCCCUCUCAAGCAAACCCUGGACACCUACCUGAGGUGUGUGCGACACCUGGUGAAGGCGGAGCAGUUCGACAAAACCAAGGCCCUGGUGGAGAAGUUUGGCGCUGCGGGCGGCGCCGGGGAGGUCCUGCAGAAGAAGCUCCUGGAGAGGAGGGAGAAGACGGAGAACUGGGUGUACGACUACUGGCUGGAGGACAUGUACCUGAACAACAGGUUGGCCCUCCCGGUCAACUCCAGUCCGGUCAUGGUGUUCCCUAAGCAGACCUUCAAGGACCGCAAGGACGCCCUCAGAUAUGGCGCUGGUCUCAUCAGAGGCGUGCUGGAGUACAAGGCCCUCAUUGAUACGCGAGCGCUCCCGGUGGAGUUCGCCCGAGGCCAGCUGGCCGGGACUCCUCUGUGCAUGGAGCAGUACGGCCGCCUGUUCACCUCCUACCGCUACCCGGGCCUGAAAACAGACACGCUAAAGGUCCAGAUGAACGCAGCCUCCUCGGCGUCGGAACACGUCAUCGUGGCGUGCAAGAACCAGUUUUUCGUGUUGGAUGUCGUGGCCAACAGCAAGCCGCUCACUGAGGAGGAGCUCUUAUCCCAACUGGAGAAAAUCACGUCAAUGGCCGGAAAGGAGAAAGAAAGAUCCCCUCCUUUCGGUAUCCUGACGUCGGAUGGGAGGACAGAGUGGGCGCAAGCCAGGGACAUCCUGACAAAAGAUCAAACCAACAGGGACUCUUUGGGACUGAUCGAGAGUUGCCUCUGUGUGCUUUGCCUGGAUGAAGCCAGUGGGAUGAAGCCCAGUGACACAAACCGAGCCCUGCUGAUGCUUCACGGUGGCGGCCGGGAGAAAAAUGGUGCAAAUCGCUGGUACGACAAGUCCAUGCAGUUUGUUGUAGGAAUGGACGGGAUAUGCGGAGUGGUGUGCGACCAUUCCCCGUUUGAGGGCGUUGUUCUGGUGCAAUGCUCAGAAUAUCUGACUAAAUACGUGGCUGGGACUCCAUCAGAGGCCGGGAAACAGGCUAGCGUCAGAAAGCUUCCUGCUCCGAGAAGACUGCUAUGGAAAUGCAACCCGCAAAUCCAGGGACUGUUCGGGGCAUCGGGAGAGCGACUCCAGAGGCUGGUGAAUAAUCUGGACAUGGAGGUUUUCAAAUUCAAAGACUACGGCAAAGAAUUCAUCAAGAAGCAGAAAAUGAGUCCGGACGCGUUUGUGCAAGUCGCCCUGCAGCUUGCAUUUUUCAAGUGCAACGGGAGGCUGGUCUCCACGUACGAGAGCGCGUCCAUCAGACGCUUCCGGAACGGCCGGGUGGAUAACAUUCGCUCGGCCACCGCCGAAGCCUUGGCCUUUGUCGAAUCCAUGACGGAUGAGAGGACCGCGUACGCCGAUUCGGAGAAAAUGAAAAGACUGAGGGAUGCCAUCAAUGCCCAGACCAACUACACCAUUGCAGCUAUAACAGGAAUGGCAAUAGACAAUCACCUCCUUGGACUACUGAAGACUUCAAAGGAGCUCAACAUGGAGUGUCCCGAGAUCUUUUGCGACGAGACCUAUCUGACCAGUAACCAGUUCAUCCUUUCGACCAGUCAGGUGCCCACCACCGUGGAAAUGUUCUGCUGCUACGGCCCGGUGGUGCCCAACGGCUACGGCGCCUGUUACAACCCGCGGCCCGACCACAUCGUCUUCUGCGUGUCCAGUUUCUGGGAGAGCACGCAGACCAGCUCGGCGGUGUUCGCCAAAGCUCUGAACGAGGGCCUGCUGGAAAUCCAGGAUCUGUGCAACGCUGCUGCGACCGAGCUGGCGCAGGGAACCGGCAAGCCUCACCGAUCAGGGACGUAAUAUGUUGAGGGGGAUCACAUGUGCAAGACCGAGAUGCAAGGCCUUACAUGUACAGUAUAUGUGACUAGAUUUGACUUGUGUUUUGUGACUCAGCAGACUCGAGAAGUCUGCUGCCUUUAGGAAACCGAAGCCAUGUCCUCGUUACGACAACUCCUCUAUCAGACUGUGGCUGACAUGAGUGAUCUCAAUGAACUCCAACAUAUAUCCACGCAGUAGCGUAGUCCAUGUAGAGCAGGCCUGGGCAAGUAUUUAGAGAAACAAAAUGUGCCUGGGGGCCGGUAUAUCUUUUUUUUAGGAACACUAAUACAAAACCUCACACUAAUGUCUGAUUGAAUGCUAAAAAAGUAAUGGAAUUGUACAUUUUUUCUAUGAAAGAUAAAACACUGAAUAUUGAUAAAAUAUGAACGUCACAUCCUCUUUCGAUCGACAUAUUUUACAAUCAAGUGAAACGCAACAAACAGUGAAAUAUGAAUGCGAAAGGUAAAAAAUAAACCCACCUACAAUCUUAUAUAUCACUAAGCUUUAGAACUUUGUUGUGAAAAAUCUCCGCCCGCCUCUGUGGAAACGCUUCCCGCCCACAAUACUUGGUGCCUCGUCUGAGCUGCUGUGUCGUAGAUGACCAAAGUAACUGAUCCCAAAGCGCAGAUUCCAACCAUUGAAGUACUUUGAAUAGUUCAAAGACUUACGGUCGCUAGAAAACAUCCCCGCACAUCAUAAUGGCAGCUUCGGUUUCCAUCUUAAAGAUCUAAAAAUAUAUAUCUGAUUUUUAGGAACUGUCAGGUUCAAACACUGAUGACAUCUAUUAAACAAGACAAAGGGCAAAGAAUCAAACAGAGACAGAAUUAAAUUUGGACUCAGAUCUGAGGAGAGACAUGGCCACUGUACUAUCUGUACAGUCCGACACCACCCUCUGCCAUUUGACUUUCUCCCACCCCCUUCGUACAGCUGCUUCCUGAGGGAAGUGGGUCGUAAACAGCGUUGCCCUCGGUCACUGAACAGUUCGAAGAGAGUUCGUCAAAUAGUUCAAAGAGAGUUCAAUAAAAUACUUCAAAGAGAGUUCGUAAAAUACUUCAAAAAGAUUGCCUCUGGAAGUUGGGAAAAUCCUGCCAUCUGUCCACUUUGAAGUCCCAGUGGAGUUUUACGAGCCUUCUUCUUGGUUGGUUUCAAAGACAGCCUUUUGUCUUCUUGUCAGAAACACAAUGUAAUACUAAGUUUUUCGUGAUAAAUUAGAAUCAAUUAUUCUAACAGGAACACUAAUUCAAAACCUUGCAAUUAAGUCUGAUUAAAUGCUAAAAAUGUUACGACAGACCAACCUAAAAAAAACGUAAUGGAAUUUUAAAUUUUUCUAUGAAGGAUAAAACACUGAAUAUUGACAAAAUAUGAUCGUCACACCCCCUUUCGAUCGACAUAUUUUACAGUCAAGUGAAACGCAACAAAAAUGCAACGACACUGAAAUAUGAACGGGAAGGGUAAAAAAUAAACCCACCUACAAUCUGAUAUAUCACUAAGUUUUAGAACUUUGUAGUGAAAAUCUCCUUCCGUGUCUGUGGAAACGCUUUCCACCCACACUGCUUGGUGCCUCGUCUGAGCUGCUGUGACCUAGAUGACCAUAGUAACUAAUUAGAUGACCAUAGUAACUAAUUAGAUGACCAUAGUAACUAAUUAGAUGACCAUAGUAACUAAUUAGAUGACCAUAGUAACUAAUUAGAUGACCAUAGUAACUAAUUAGACUACCAUAGUAACUAAUUAG